UGGGUCCGGCUGAACGUGGGCGGCACCUACUUCGUGACCACCAGACAGACCCUGGGCCGGGAGCCCAAGUCUUUCCUCUGCCGCCUCUGCUGCCAGGAGGACCCGGAGCUGGACUCGGACAAGGAUGAGACGGGAGCGUAUUUGAUUGACAGAGACCCUACCUACUUCGGGCCGGUCCUAGACUACCUCCGACACGGGAAGCUCAUCAUCAAUAAGGAGUUGGCAGAGGAAGGUGUGCUGGAAGAAGCAGAGUUUUACAACAUCGCCUCGCUGGUGCGGCUGGUGAAGGAAAGGAUUCGGGACAAUGAGAACAGAACGUCACAGGGCCCCGUGAAGCACGUCUACCGAGUCCUGCAGUGCCAAGAGGAGGAGCUGACUCAGAUGGUGUCCACCAUGUCUGACGGCUGGAAGUUUGAACAGCUCAUCAGCAUCGGGUCUUCCUAUAACUACGGAAAUGAGGACCAGGCCGAAUUCCUCUGCGUGGUCUCCCGGGAACUAAAUAAUUCCACCAAUGGCAUUGUCAUCGAGCCUAGUGAGAAGGCAAAGAUUCUUCAGGAGAGAGGAUCGCGGAUGUAGACUACGACCAGCCGGAAGCGCCCGAAUCCUAACCAUCCAGAGAGCGUCACUCCCGCACCUGUACAGUCACUGAGCUGCGGCACCCACCGCCCAGCUGCGCCUGGCCCCUGGCUGAGGAGAGGUGUUCCGGGCCAGCUGGCAGGCAGCCCCUACCCCCACCCCACCCCCACCCCCGCCAGGAGUCGGGGACAGAUGCGGUGGCAGCGCCUGGCUGCAGAGGACCUUGUCCGUUUGUUUUCCUAGCCAGUGUUAGACCCACCUCUCGACUGGCAGCCCUGUGGGGGGCCUGGGCUCCCCUUGUAAGUGUCCUGAACUCCCAGGAAGACGGGCGGGUGCGGUGUACCGAGGUGGACGGAGUUGCCGCCUUGUAACUGUCGCUGAGACUCGGACCCAGGCAUCUGGUUGUGUUGAGGUUCAGGACACACGGUAGGUAGAAUAGCCCAGUGCGCCCCGAGCUUCCUCUGAACAAGAGCCCCUUGGAGGCCAGGAGGCGGGGUCCCUUUCUCGGGCCCUGUGAUAUGGCUGGGGAUUGGCAGCUGUGUCCCACGGCAGCCUGCUGGCCAGUCCUCUGAAGACUGGGCGCUGUGGGUGGCUGGUGGGACUGCGCCUGCAGCCUCUCGCCCCUGGUGCCCUGUUUCCUGCCCUGCCCUUUGCACCCAGACCACGGACAGAGGGACUUGGUAGGCCCCGUGGUGACUUGGGAUGGGGGAGGGUGUCUCUGUGAAAGCUGCCAAACGAGUUACGUUGUUGUGUCCAAAAGUGGUGGCGUGGCCCUCCGUGGCCCUUGGAAAUGCCUCUACUGCCCAUACGACACCGAUGCCCCCUCCCAGCGCCUUACCUUGGCAUACCUGGCCGCCAUGCGUCAGAGACUGUGCUACCCCCGCAGUGUGCCUGUUGACCACGGGCUGAGGACCACAGAAGGGAGCCCUCCCUGGGGCCAAGACCUGCAUCAGGACCUCCCUGCUACACUGUUGUGGCUCAGUGAGGAGUCGUGGAAUGCUAGGUGGCUGGAGAAUGUGGUUUUUCCUGGAUAACUAAUGAUGGUCAUUUGGAAGUGUCUGGAGAAGGUACCUCUGGGGACCACACCAUCUGUAGAAGGCCUCCCAUCCAGGCCAGGUGUGCUGGGGACCUUCCAGGCCAACGUUCCCACCUGUUCAUGGGGCAGUCCCAGGGAGUGGUUUUAGGGACUGACUGGAGACUGUAACGUGACCUUGGGGGCUGUGAACUGGCCAGGCGUGGAUGGUGUGGCCUCUGCAGACCUUUCGUGGCUGAGCUGUUUGACAGCCGAGACUUGGGUGGCGUGAGGCUUCUCAGGAACAGACUCAUGGUGAGCCACGUGUCAUUACCAUUCUGUUAGAAGAGUUGGGUUUUGGUACAUACUCCUGUGGGAUAAGCUUCUCCCACGAGACUCUGGAGGUAGAAUAGGUGGGGUGAAGCAUGCAAAAAAAACGGUUUGUUUAAUUGUUCUUUGCAAGUGUGUUCCACUGUGUGAAACUUUUGGGAACAUGGGGUGACCCAUAAAGACCCUGCAAUUGCUACACA